UUAGUUAGUUGACUCUUCUCUUCAAGUCUUCUGUCUUCUUCUUCAUCAUGAAACUUUCUUCUUCUCCAACAACAAAAAUUCCAAUCUCAUCCAAAAAUGGCGGAAGGCAUAGUCAGUUUCGUGAUCGGAAGACUCGGAGACUUACUCAUAAACGAAGCUAAUUUCUUGUACGGAAUCCGAGACCAAGUUGAGGAUGCAAAAUCUGAGCUCCAACGAAUCAAAUGCUUUCUCGAAGAUGCCGAUGCUCGCGCCAGACACGGAGACAAGUCUCUUCGUCUUCAUGUAGCUGAAAUUGGUGAGUAUGCUUAUGAUUUGGAAGAUGUUAUCACCAAUUAUGUAUUGAAAGAAUCUUCUAGGGUUAGCAAUAGUGGUAGUAGCAGCAGUAGUAGUAGUAGAAUGUUCUCUUGUGGUAAUUUCAUCGAAUUUCACAAGGUUGGAUCGAGAAUUGAGAAGAUUUCAGCUAGGGUUUCUAAGUCAAGAUUGAGUUUUCAAUCUUAUGGGUUGGUUCAAUCUAGGGGAAAUGAUGAAGCUGCUACUAAUUUUUCAACUAGGUUAGAAUUUAGGCGAACUUUUUCUCAUAAUAUUGAUUCUGAUUUUGUUGGGUUUGAAGAAAAUAUUAAUGAAUUGGUUGAGCAUUUGAAGAAAAAAGGGAGAAAUUUGCAUAGUGUUGUGUCGAUUUGCGGUAUGGGUGGUCUUGGAAAAACUACUCUUGCUAGACAGGUUUACUAUCAUGGUGAAAUUAGGCGUUAUUUUGAUUGUUUUGCUUGGGCUUCUGUAUCUCAAAAAUGUCAACCUAGGGAUGUUUGGGAAGGGAUUUUGAUUAGGUUGACAUCUCCUGCAUCUGAAAGGAGAAGAGAGAUUAAAGAAAUGAAAGACAGUGAAAUCGCUAAGGCUUUGUUCAAAGUUUGUACUGAAAAAAGGUGUCUUGUUGUUCUUGAUGAUAUUUGGAGUUCUUCGACAUGGGAUUGCCUCAAGCUUGCUUUCCCUAAUGUUGGAUCAGACAGUAAAAUAAUGCUUACCACUCGUAAUAGAGAGGUCGCUUUCCAUGCAGAUCGAAAUAGCAUUCUUCAUGAACCCAGGUGCUUUAACAAAAAUGAAACUUGGGAGUUGUUUAUGAUGAAAACUCAUUUCGGAACGGAUGAUAUCGAUUCAGAGGAUUACAAGAGGAAGAAAAAGUUAGCAGGGGAGAUGCUUGAAUAUUGUGGUGGUUUGCCAUUAGCCAUUACAGUGCUCGGAGGACUUCUAUCUCGUAAACCAACUGCAGAUGAGUGGGAGACAUUGCAUAAGAAUAUUAAGACAUGUAUAAGGAAAGGAAAAAUAAAUGAGCAAGAAGACUCUAACUUUGGUGUCUCUUGGGUGUUGGGUUUAAGUUACGACGAGCUACCAUACUAUUUAAAGCCAUGUUUUUUGCAUUUAGCUUAUUUUCCGGAAGAUUUUGAAAUAAGGGCUAGAGAUUUGUGCCUAGUAUGGUUGGCAGAAGGCUUCGUAUCGAAGGAGGAGAGAGCAUAUGAGUGCUUAAGUGAAUUGGUUGAAAGGUGCAUAAUUCAAGUAGCAGAGUGGAGCUCAACUGGCACAAUUAAAACAUGUCGUAUUCAUGAUCUCAUGCGGGAUUUAUGCUUAGUAAAGGCUGAGGAGGAAGGUUUUUUGCAGCAUGCUGAUUUACGCAAUCAUCACGAGGUAACAAAUUUUUCCUCUUCCUCUGUUGGAGCUGCAACAAAUUUAGAGCCAAUUAAUAAGGUUCGUAGACUUGCGAUCUACUUGAACAACACCAGUGUUGAUGAAUUGGUUUCUUUAAUAAGACAUAAGGAUGGUUGUCUUAGGUCUCUUAUAUGCUUCAAUUCAGAACCAGAUACAUCCUAUGAGCAAGUGAUGAAGCCCCUGUUCAAUCAAUUCCAUUUGCUUAGAGUUUUGAAGUUUGAGAAUUAUACUCACGGUCAUGUUGGAAAGUUGCCUAAAGAAAUAGGGAAUCUUAUCCACUUAAGGCUAUUUAGUCUCAAGGAUACUUAUGUGGAAAAAUUUCCAUCAUCUAUAGGCAAUUUGAGAUGCCUGCAAACUUUAGAUUUGAGAGUUAAAAACCUGUAUAUCGACAAACAACUUCAAUCUUCAAAAUUACCACCUGUCCUUUGGAAAUUGGAGCAGUUGAGACAUUUGUAUCUGCCUCAAAAGUAUUUGACAGAAGCUGAGAGAAGCAAGUUUACAGUUACUCACAAUGAGAAUAUUUUGCGGUUGGGUAAUCUAACCAAUUUGCGAACAUUGGUGAAUGUUUCGGUUAAUUAUCAUUACUUGAAUGAUUUGGAGAAACUAACCAAUCUUACCAAAUUAAAAAUAAAUUUGGGGUCUUGCUUCCGGGGCACAAGAAUUAAAUUUAUCAAUCUUAGAUCUUUAUCCAUUUGUUAUGAUGACAUCAUCAUCGAGAGCGAAGAGUACGGUACAAUAAGACGAGGAGUUGAAUUCUCCCACCUUGAGAUAAUACUUCUUCUACUGAGCUGUCCUCAACUUCAUAAACUGCAUCUGCAAGUUUCAAUGGUGAAGUUACCAGAAGAAAAUCAGUUUUCUUCAAAUCUCAUCAAGCUAACGCUGCUUCGAACUUGUCUCAAGGAUGAUCCAAUGGCAACAUUAGAAAAGCUCCCGCAUUUAAGGAUUCUCCUCCUCGAUCACAAUGCCUUCCUCGGACAGAAAAUGAAUUGCACCAGUAAAGGUUUUCCUCGACUCGAGUCUCUAUCCAUUUGUUAUCUUUACGAUUUCAUAGAGUGGAAGGUGGAGGAAGGUGCCUUGCCCAGUCUUCGUCGCUUGCAUAUUGUAAACUGCUUAAGGUUGAGGACAGUUCCGGAUGGCCUGAGAUUUGUUGAUACACUCAAGGAAAUUGUGAUCAAACACAUGCUUAGGCAAUUCAAAAAGAAGGUUGAAGAAGGAGGAGAGGAUUUCUACAAAGUCCAUCACGUGCCUUCACUUGUAUUCACCAAUACUUUGGACUUCUAGCUAGCAUGGAUCGAUAAAAUUAUCGUCUGUAAGAGAAUACGUAUGUAUAAAUGAAGCUGUUGAAAAAAGAACGAGGAGUGUUUACCUCAAUAAGUGUCAUGGGGAAGAUCAAGUGAAGCUGGUGUGAAGUAAUAAUAAUAAAGUAGCUCAUUCAUUGUAUACUAUAGGGUAGGUAGCUCAUUCAAGUUUUCUUCUUGAAACUGAAGUUGUUUUGUGUCUUUAAGAUUAUGAACAAGCCUAAAUGAUGUUAUAGCUUUUGAACAAUUGUAUAUAAUAUGAAUAUGAUGAAAAUGUUGAUCAUCUCAUCUUCUUUAAUUUUAUGAUUGUCUUGUUGGUAGUGAUAUGCAAGGUCCUCUGUUAUCAUUACCUUGUGCUCUAUGUAUGUAUGACCUUAUUUAGUGUUGCUAUUGUUAUUACUAUUGGUAUCGUAUCA